UCUGCGUUGUGAUUGGCCGUGACGUGUUUCCCGUUUGGUGUCGGAGCUGAGCGGAAGGGAGUGUCGGACGCUCAGAUACGCUCAUAUACACAAACAACAAAAACAACAAAACAGCCUGAACUGAGCCUCUCCAGCACUCAGCAGGUCAGCAUGGCGUCCAGCACGAGCAGCGAGGAGGAGAGGAGUUUGCGGGAAUGUGAGCUGUACGUGCAGAAACACAACAUCCAGCAGCUGCUGAAGGACUGCAUCGUGCAGCUGUGCACGUCCAGGCCGGACCGGCCGAUGGCCUUCCUCAGAGACUACUUCGAGAGGCUGGAGAAGGAGGAGGCCAAGCAGAUGGUUGGUCAGCAGAAGUCAAGCUCGCGCUCGGAUUCGCGUGAAGAUGAGAUUUCUCCUCCCAUGAACCCCGUGGUGAAGGGCCGCCGCCGCCGCGGAGCCAUCAGCGCGGAGGUUUACACCGAGGAGGACGCCGCCUCUUACGUCAGAAAAGUCAUUCCAAAAGACUAUAAAACGAUGGCUGCUCUGGCUAAAGCGAUUGAGAAGAAUGUGCUGUUCGCCCAUCUGGAUGAUAACGAAAGAAGUGAUAUAUUUGAUGCCAUGUUUUCGGUGAACUACAUCGCUGGAGAGACCGUCAUUCAGCAAGGGGACGAGGGUGAUAACUUCUACGUCAUUGAUCAGGGAGAAAUGGAUGUGUAUGUGAAUAAUACGUGGGUGACCAGUAUUGGAGAGGGCGGCAGCUUUGGUGAACUGGCCCUAAUCUAUGGCACCCCGAGGGCAGCAACCGUCCGCGCCAAAACCAACGUGAAGCUGUGGGGAAUCGACAGAGACAGCUACAGGAGAAUACUGAUGGGAAGCACUCUGAGAAAGAGGAAGAUGUAUGAGGAAUUCCUCAGCAAGGUGUCAAUUUUAGAAUCUCUGGAUAAGUGGGAGCGGCUCACUGUGGCCGACGCGCUGGAAACGGUGCAGUUUGAGGAUGGCCAGAAGAUAGUGGUUCAAGGCCAACCUGGAGACGAGUUUUUCAUCAUCCUCGAGGGUUCUGCCGCAGUGCUGCAGAGGCGCUCUGAAAACGAGGAAUUUGUGGAGGUGGGCAGACUUGGACCCUCAGACUACUUUGGUGAAAUCGCUCUGCUGAUGAACCGCCCCCGCGCCGCCACCGUCGUGGCCCGCAGCCCCCUGAAGUGCGUGAAGCUGGACCGCCCGCGUUUCGAGCGCGUGCUGGGGCCGUGCUCGGACAUCCUGAAGAGGAACAUCCAGCAGUACAACAGCUUCGUCUCGCUGUCCGUCUGAGCCCCCAGACGCCGAAGGCCACCUCCUCGUCCUCUUUUUAAUCUAUCGCAGGGUCCACCAAUGCAAGAUCUGCUUUAUUUUCUUACUUCUCUUUUCUUUCGUACUGUUCUUUUCUUCUUCCUACACCCAGGUGCCCGUCGAGUUCACUGCUCCGGUAUGUUCUCUGCCCUGUUCCUCAUCUGUGGGUUGUUGUAGUUUUAGGCAGGAUGUUCGUCUCCGCUCGGGAGACCCAGACGUUUUGCCGGUGACGCCUCCUCAGCGUGAAGAGCUUUAAAAAACAAAACGGGAGUUUCUCCUGCUUUCGGGUGUCGCGACGUUUCCGCGGGGCGCCGCGCGGUAUAUCUGCCCAGUGCAUUGUGGGAAAGCGCGUGGUUCAAACCAUUCGAGAGUAUUUCGCGGUUCAUUUUCUUCUGCAUCGUUUGAUUAUAGUUAAGCCAAAGGCAAAUCUAAUCUAUGUUGUGUAUGAGUUUUUCCGUCGGUUACGUUAGUUUCGUCAAGGGUACUGAAGUUUUUGACGUCACCAUAGUUACCGUGGUGAUCAGCUUUGCUCUUUUCUCGUUCUAGUUGCACAUAUAUAGCAUAUGUAAAUGAUUAUAUUAUAUUAGAAGUAAAUGACCAUAAUCAUAUUUUUUGCACAGUUUGGUAUACAUAUAUAUAUAUAUAAAUAUAUAUAUAAAUUUAAAUAUAAAGAUUCUAUAUAUGCUCCUGCUAUUUCACAUUGUUAUUGCUGGUCCUGGUGUUUCUUAUUUUCUGUCUCCCCAAUUCGCACCGAUCUCUCCCGUUUACCUCACAGUGCUUCUAGUAUUGAUUUUUAUCUGAAAUUUUGUCUGAUGAGCUUUUAUUUGAGUGAAGUCUGAGUAUUUGUUGAAUUUUUGGUGUCAAACUUUUCAAAACGGAGCUCUCUACAGCGAGGGGGAAAACUUUUUGUCGAUAAAUUAGCACAGAUUCAAGAGUUUGUGGGUUUUCAAAGUAUUGUUUUUUCCCUUACUAGUAGGGGUUCAUUUUAAAGGUACAAGUAACAUUUUUUUUCUGUUUUUUAUGCACCAUUACAAGCUUGUUUAAUAUGUAACUUAAUAAGUAUGUACCUGAAACAAGGCAUAAAGGCGAGACUCUGUGGCUUCUCACCGCCGUUAUCUUUUCAUGAUUAAAUUUUCUUUUAAGAAAAAUGUGCUUAUCGUACCUUUAAUGCCAGUAUAAUGUGACACAGUCGAACCAUUCAAAGUCUUAAGAGCUUUAGUAUUAGCUGAUGUCAAACGACACGUUCAAACGACAGUCGUGCUGUAUGCCGUCGAGCUGAACGCAUACGCUGGUGUGACGCAGGGGUGCCAUCGCAAUAUUUCAGAACUGCUUGUGUUACAGUGAAAAUACAUACAAAGGAUCUGAUCUUUUGAUCUAGUUCUCAACCUGGACGCUCCCUGUUUCAUGCGAUGGUGCUUUCUAAUGCAGUGUUAUCAUUUGCUGAAGCUUAUGUUGGAUAUUUUAAAUGUUGUGACAGGUUUUGUUUUUGUUUUUGGCUCAGAAUCGACCAAUAAACUUUAGGUCGAAAGUGUGUAGGCUUUCAUUUGAAUGGAAAAUAGUUCAUCUCUGUGUUAGACGCCCCUUAGACCUUUUCGGAGAUGCAUACAUGUGGAGUAUCUAAUGGUUUUAAGUUUUGGAAGUGCCUGAUUUCAUUUUUUUUGGAAAAAAAAACAUCAAUAUUAUUAUCAUUUUCAUUUUUGUUGAUAAACGAGCAUCAUCAGCGUGUUUUAUUGGUGUCUUUAAACAGUGUAAUGUUGAUUUAUCACCUUUAAAGUCUCACAUUGCCAAUAUCUUCUUCACUUAUACCAUAAACUACUUUAUUAACAUCAGUUUAUAGCACCACUGUGCUUCUGUCGUCCCUCCUCAGACUGGAAAAGAGCUGCCUGGAGUGGUCAGUCGUUCUCCACUCUGCUCAUAUGAUCAGUUUUCCACAGACAGACAUGCUUUAUCAACGAAAUCAACAACAGUUUGAAUUAGAGAAGCUAUUAGAGCUGUUUUUAUUAGUGUAAAAGGCUUUGACACCCACCACUGGGGUCAUAUCAUGUAUUUUAUCUGUAUAAUUAUGAUUACCUAUCAUGUAUCAUACAGGUAUGAAGGGGCAGAGUGAAUCUUGUAGAGAUAGAAAGGUGUGAUUCAUGCUUUUCCUUUGAAUUCUGCAGUAUUUGAUAUGAAGCGUUCAGAGAAGAACGUCUUGAGCACGUUUCUCAGUUGGCCUAGAGGUGUUUAAUCACAGUACUGAAUCAUAAAUGCUGUUUAUUUCUAUUUUUGUAUCAUCCAGAUCCACAUUUUGGGAAGAUUUUCAGCCGUGAAGGAACAUUUGUGUCAGUAAAAGUGGUACCUUUUGGAAAAUGAUCUUCUUUUUAAGCAUUUUCCAGAAAACAAGCUUGUGCUUUUGUCUUUUUUGCUGGUUCUUCAUUCCCGUGACUGACCCUUCUUACGUUUUUGACUGAAGCCCCAGUAUUAAACCCUCACUGCUGUCCGACGCUCUGCGGUUUAGAGCCAUCAGAGGACCAUUUUCUCUACUCUUAUUCUGUGAUUGUAUUCAGGUUUUUCUUUUUAUUGUGCUGACGUUGUAACCCUUUUGGUAUAGAUUGUUCCCAAUGGCAGGUUAAGCAAUAAAAAAAUAAAUUCUUAAA